GAACUCGAUUUACAUUUGGUUUACCGAUAGCAGGGAUAAAACAAAAUAAACGUGGACGUCCUCUGCGUUCGCCGACCUCAUCUUCCCCAAUCUGUCAAAAUUCAAACCAAAGUUCCACCAAGAGAGGAAAAACACACAAACACUCAGUGAAAGGAAAAAAUCAGGAAUCAAAGUCUCAUUUGGGUUGGUGUCUAUUGAAGUUGUUCAAAAUAACAUUGAAGAGAUGAGACGGCCGGGAGGCCCCGGACACUAUGGUGAUUCAGGUGGCAAUGCUUAUGUCAAUGCUCAGCUGCAGCAUAUGUCUGGUCAGAGGAUGGAACACAAGUCGGAACAUUACCAAGGACGGCAAGAGCCGAUGACCUCGGAUAAGGGGCGUUCAUACGGAGCUUCAAAAGCAGAGGGACAAUGGAGAUGGGAAAGGGACGGAUCAAAAGCACCAAAUGCGAUGUCAUCCCAAAUGUUUAGUGAAGGUCAAGGGGGUGAUGCACCUAGAGCCUAUUACCAAGGUCAAAGGCCAGAUUCCAAAAUGGCUUCGGAGAAACAAGGCAACCAUGAUCCUAGAUCUCUGCCUCCUGAAGAAGAUAUGGACAUUGGUUAUGAGGAUAAACACUUGUCCCAGAAUUUUGAAGGUCUUGAGAAGAGAUUCCUUGAUGACAUCACGAAAUUAUCCAAGGAACAAAUUGAUGUGGAGGAUGCAGAAAAUGCAAGGCAUAGGGAGAAAAUAAACACAAUCAAUACUCAAUAUCAAGAACAGCUAGCAGCACUUAGAGCUCGUCAUGCCAAUCGGCGAGAUGAGUACCUCCGGAGGGAAUCCCAUGCACGACAACAGCAGUACCAGCAAGCCAUGAUGGACCACUACCCCAACAGCGGUAUGGGCCCCAAUGAUCCUCAUGGGUAUGGCAGAGUUGAUGCUGCUGCUGCUGAGCCAAACCGAGCCUAUAACGGAGAUCAGUAUGAUUCCUACAGAGAGCGGGCCCGAUUUCUCGGGGGUAAUAGGGAUCACCAUGGCUUUGAGCCCAGAGGACCGUAUCCUGGUGGCCGUGUUUAUGACACUGGCUCUCGCUAUUACUAAUACAAGUUGAACUUAGGUUUUUUAUUUAUUCCCUAUUGUUUUUCUUUCCCUUGGUCAAUCCCUUCAUAAAGCACGGAUUCAACACAGCCUUAGGGUUGCAUAUAAUCUCUUCCUCAUAUUGGGCGGGAGUGAUAGGAUGGGCUGCUUUAUUCCCGUCUGUUGGUACUCUGUCUUACUGUAUUCUUCGUCCUUUUUUUGGGAUGUUGGAUCUGUAGUACGAAUUUGAAUGUCUAGUUACCCCGAGUUUCUGCUA